ACAAGAACCAGAACUUUACAAAAAUGUCACAAUCACCGAAAUCCCCAAAUACAAACCCUAACCCUAAUUCAGACCAGGAUUAUUUAAACUUGGAACCACCGCCAUCGCUAAAAUCCCAGUGGAAGCCUAAAGCUUUAAGCUUACCAGACAUUUGGGUCAAAGAACAAGCUUUAAAGCAUGUUAUUUGCAAUAUGCAGCAACAGUUCAGCCGUACGCCGUCAAUUUCGCCGCCGUCGGAGCCUGAUUUAACGUCUUUUCAGUCAUUUCCUUUAGACCCAAUUGAACCGGACUACAGUUCUCUCCUCUCCGACGUCGUACUACUCGGAAUAUUCUCGAAGCUUCCUGUUUCACAGCAUGUUUCAAAUUCCUUGGUCUGCAAGCGUUGGUUGUACCUUACCGGCCGGUUAGUUCAAUCCCUUAAGGUUAAAGAUUGGUCCUUUAUUUCAUCGGGUCGGGUUUUUAAUCGGUUCCCUAAUUUGACCGAUUUAGACCUCGUUGGUUCUUGUAUUCAGAUGCCAAAAGACUCCGGCGUGUUACUGACCCAUAAAACGGUGUCGGUUUAUGUGGAUACUAGUUUUACCUUUGCCGGAUUUCUCGGAAAAACGGCACUUAUGCCGUUGCAUGUGGUUGAUACAGGGCUUGCAAUGGUAGCCGAAAAGUACCCGAAUUUACGCCGAUUAGUAGUGAUUGGAGCAAGUGAAGAAGGGUUAAGGCAAAUUGCGGCACGGUGUUAUACUUUGCAAGAACUUGAGCUACAUUGUUGUGGUGAUUUAGCUUUGAAAGGUAUUUCCGGGAUUAAAAUCUUACAAGUGAUGAAAUUGAUCGGUUCGGUUAAUGGGUUUUACGAUUCGACCGUAUCGGAUAUCGGGUUAACGUUAUUAGCUCAAGGCUGUAAAAGAUUAGUAAAGCUUGAGCUUUGUGGAUGUGAAGGGAGCUAUGAUGGGGUUAAAGCAAUUGGACAAUGCUGUCAAAUGCUUGAAGAAUUAAGCUUUUAUGAUCAUAGGAUGGAUGGUGGAUGGUUAGCUGGGCUUUCAUACUGCUCGAAUUUGAAGACUUUGAAGCUCAAGUCUUGUAAAAAUACUGAUACGAGUCCGGGAGCAGACGAGCAUUUGGGGACUUGUUUGACACUCGAAGAGUUGCAUUUGCAACAGUGUCACAUCCGGGAUAAGCAAAGUGUUAAAGCAUUGUUUUUGGUAUGCGAGAAUGUUCGAGCUAUUGAUUUUCGGAAUUGUUGGGGUUUGGAUGAUGAUGUGUUUAGCCUUGCAAGUAUUUGUAGGAGAGUGAAGCUUCUUUCUGUGGAAGGAUGCUCGUUGGUGACGAUAAAAGGUUUAGAAUCGGUACUACUUUCUUGGAAAGAGCUUCAACAAUUAAGAGUAAUGUCACGUAAUAACAUUAAGGAUACGGAAGUGACACCGGAACUUGCAACCUUGUUUUCAAUGCUUAAAGAGUUGAUAUGGAGACAGGAUUCCCGAUCUCUGCUGUUGUCAAAUCUGGUAGGGACCGGAAUGGGAAAGAAAGGUGGGAGAUUCUUCCAGAGGUCUAAGGAUUGAUGACUCACCUUUACUUUGUCCGACUAGUAAUGGAGAAAACAUUCGACUUUGUUGUUAUUGUAUUUUAGUGGGGUUGUAGCGUUAGAUUAUUGUCGUUGAUGUAAACACAAGGGGUAAUCCUUAUAUACACUUUUUACAGCUCUCUUCAUAUCCGGUUGAAUUUUAUAAAUGAUUAUCGCAUCCGACUUCA